GUCACAGACCGGACUCCAUUAGCGCUGCCGCUGAGGAAAGCUAAGCUGUGACAGCCCGGAGCCGAGCCGCGGCGGCCGGAAAUCCCCCCUCCCUCCUCCUUUUCCCCGCUCCCCCUCACCUCCUUCCCAGGAGGGGGACUCACCGACACACCGCACCGCCUCUCCCCGCCGGCCACCAACCACGGCCGCUCUCGGCGAGGAAACUCUGGCCUCCGCUUCCUCCUCCUCCGACUCGGACACCGGCGGAGCAUCCCCUCCCCCGCGGAAGAAACUCCGAGCCUCGGUGGCGGAGGAGGCGGCAGGAGAACCCGGGGCUUCAGCAGCGACGAACUCAGGCCUUCCGGCGGCGGUACCGAGUCAUAGCGGGAGUGUGUGUAGCAACAGCGGGACUAACAUGCAGGCCAACGGGGCAGCGGCAGCAGGGGGCCCGGGCGGGCAGGAGCCGGCGGCGGGGAGCUGUCUGACAGCCCAGAACGGGGAGGCCUCGGCCGUGGACGUGUCUCAUUCUAACGGGCUCUUGAGUGUCAACAGCAGCAACGGACUGCCCGGGGCCUCGGCCUCCUCCGCCGAGCAGCAGGCCCUCAAGAAAAAGAAGAGGCUGAGCCAGGCCGACGAGGACGUGAUCCGCCUCAUAGGGCAGCACCUGCACGGCCUGGGCCUCAACCAGACGGUGGAUCUCCUCAUGCAGGAGUCGGGGUGCCGCCUGGAGCAUCCUUCUGCUACCAAGUUCCGCAAUCAUGUCAUGGAGGGGGAGUGGGAUAAGGCAGAGAACGAUUUGAAUGAACUCAAGUCCUUGGUGCACUCUCCUCACGCUGUUAUGGGCUGUCGUCCUGCCGCAGGGGUUUCUGCGAGUGAGAAUUCUGCUGCGUCUUGUCCCACUGCUGAUGUCAUACGGAGAAUGAAAUUCCUGCUGCUGCAGCAGAAGUACCUGGAAUAUUUGGAGGACGGCAAAGUUCUGGAAGCUCUUCAAGUCUUACGAUGUGAGCUGACGCCACUAAAAUAUAACACGGAGAGGAUUCACGUCCUCAGCGGAUAUUUAAUGUGCAGCCAUGCAGAAGAUCUCCGUGCAAAGGCAGAGUGGGAAGGGAAAGGAACGGCUUCGCGGUCCAAACUUCUGGAUAAACUCCAGACGUACCUGCCGCCGUCGGUCAUGCUGCCUCCGAGACGUCUGCAAACCCUGCUCCGCCAAGCGGUGGAGCUGCAGCGAGACCGCUGCCUCUACCACAACACAAAGCUCGACAACAGCUUGGAUUCCGUGUCCCUGCUGAUGGAUCAUGUCUGUAGCAGGAAACAGUUUCCAUGUUUCACACAGCAGGUCCUCACAGAGCACUGCAAUGAAGUUUGGUUCUGUAAAUUCUCAAACGACGGCACUAAACUGGCGACCGGAUCAAAAGACACGACUGUUAUAAUAUGGCAGGUUGAUCCAGAAACGCACCAGCUUAAGUUACUGAAGACGUUAGAGGGUCACGCUUACGGGGUCUCUUAUCUUGCCUGGAGCCCGGACGAUAAUUACCUUGUUGCUUGUGGUCCGGAUGACUGCUCCGAGCUCUGGCUGUGGAAUGUACAGACUGGCGAAUUGCGGACGAAAAUGAGCCAAUCCCAUGAAGACAGCCUAACGAGCGUGGCGUGGAAUCCGGACGGCAAGCGUUUUGUAACCGGAGGGCAGCGGGGGCAGUUCUACCAAUGUGAUUUAGAUGGUAAUCUGCUCGACUCGUGGGAAGGCGUUCGAGUCCAAUGCCUGUGGUGCUUAAGCGAUGGCAAAACCGUUCUCGCUUCAGACACUCACCAGCGUAUCCGGGGCUAUAACUUUGAGGACCUCACAGACAGAAACAUAGUGCAAGAAGACCACCCUAUCAUGUCAUUCACAAUAUCACGAAACGGGAGACUAGCUUUGUUAAAUGUAGCAACUCAGGGUGUUCAUUUAUGGGACUUGCAAGACAGAGUUUUAGUGAGAAAAUACCAAGGCGUGACACAAGGCUUCUACACAAUACACUCGUGCUUUGGAGGCCAUAAUGAAGACUUCAUCGCUAGCGGCAGUGAAGACCACAAAGUGUAUGUCUGGCACAAGCGCAGCGAGUUGCCCAUAGCGGAGCUCACAGGACACACGCGCACAGUGAACUGCGUGAGUUGGAACCCCCAGAUCCCUUCUCUGAUGGCCAGCGCUUCGGACGAUGGUACAGUUAGAAUAUGGGGACCGGCACCUUACGUAGACAACCAGGAGUGUGAAGAGGAAUGCAGUAGCAUGGAUAGUUGAUGGUGAAUGUGGAGCAGACGACUUCUCUAACUUAAAAUUAGUCGUAUUUUUAAAUGGCUUGGGAUUGGUGCAAACAAACAAGAUUGAUAGCCAGACGGACGUUCGUCGCGAAGAUAAAAAAAAAAAAAACACAAAAAACA